GAUCGAAUGUGGGGAGAAUACUUGAUUGUGAUUGGCUCAUUUUUAUGACCCACGGUUCAUGACACCGAACACGACGCAUUGGGUGCUUUCCAUGUAGUGAAACAAGUAUCAUUUUAUCCUUGUUAAUCAUUAAAAGCCAAGAAAGAUAGAACGAUACUUAUGUCGACUUGUGUCACUAAAUGGAAAGCAUUGUAGAAUAGGUCGUAGGCGCCAUAGACGCCUCGCACACAGGAUCUGCAUUCAUGCGGUUACGCAUCCGAGAGUGAGGAGGUUGUGUACAUACGUGUCGCGAGCUUUCUAUACGAGCGCGUAGUGUGAGUGCGGUGCGCACGCGCGCCGGAGUGAGUUGCGUGUAUGCAUGUGUGCGUGCGUGAGCGCGCGUGUGUACGGUAUAGAUAUACGGAUUUUGCAAUUGGAAUCAACGCGAAAUCCCGUCGUCUCGAUCCUCUAACAACAUCAUUGGCGCACGUUAACGUCAUUCGCGUCGCUCUACUCGACGCCAGACGAGACGGCGAGUUUGCGCGAGCGUAACUUGAUACCACAGAGACGACGAUUCGGCCAGCAUUCUCGCACUUUCCCGAAAGACAAUCCCUCGCGCGGUCGUGAAUGCAAUUCUCCGCUAUCCAACGCAUAUAUAUGACAGAUAUUCAUAAUCUUAACGCUCUCGUCGUAUAUCGACAACAAGAAUUGACCAGAUGAAGAUAAUGUCAGAUGAUGACGCUGCAUUGGAUUCAAUGGAUACUGAGGAAGAAAUCUUUGCUCCUCGCAAUCACAGCUUGGAGUCGAAUGUUAGGCGACCCAAGAGUUUACGCAAACUGAGGUCACAUUCUGGCUCUAAUUCACACAUAACUAGAAACAAUCUGAGUGUACGUCGUAGUACUCGUAAUAGAAUGCAGACUUAUGACAAUCUUAAUACAAGCUGGAUCCUAGGAACGCAAACUUUAAAAGGAUACCCUAUGUUCCAACAACAUCCUUCUUCUUCGGACAAAGAGAUGGUAGAUGACGUUCCUGGUAGAAAACGUGAUGUCCGGGAUCGUAUGCCUUUGAGAUCUCGCGAAAAUCAUCCGCCUAAUAAAAAUCCGACGAGACACGUUAGAGACAGAACGGAACAUGAUCGACAAAAUAGUAGAGAACUUCGAGGUAGAUCCGAUCGCGAGCUCAAAGAAAGGACCGAACCGGAAAAGAAUAUUGGUGAACAAGCGAGAUCAGCGAACGAGGAAAAGGAUACUAGAACAAGAAAAUCCGAUAGUCCGAGCAGAUUCAGAGAAGGUCCUGUAACUAGAUUAUGUGGAAGUAUAAUCGAAAAAAGCGAGAAGCCAAAAGUAGAGCAGGAGGAAGCGGAUGACGAUAGCUCGCGUGAAAGCGAAAAACGGGAUAAUAAUGACAAUUCUGAAAAUGAAGACGGAUAUGAAGAUAUGUACACACGCAUUAAGAGAACGAGGCGCACGGCUCAACGGCAAUUGCCAAGAGUGGUGGAUAGUGAUCUAAGUGAAUCUUCGGAUUCUCCCGGGCCUAGAAAGUAUAGUUUACGUCAGAAAAAACCUACUGUAGAUAGAUUUCAAGCUAAUGUAGAGCCAGUUAGGCGUUCCAUUAGAGCUCUUAGAAGCGUUCUCAGCAAUUCGAUGAGAAGAAGAAAGCAUAGGAGUAAGAGCACGAGUUCCGCCGAUUCUAGUGAUUCCGAGCCGCAACGUUAUGAUAAAAAAAAGGGCAAAAAAGCAAGACAAUCGGCCAUACCGCAAGGUGGUCCACCGGAUCGAAAAGCUGACAUAAAUCCCAUCACUUUAGACACGAACAUUAGAUUUAACGACGUCGGCGGUCUGGAAACUCAUAUUCACUGUCUUAAGGAGAUGGUCAUCUUUCCUAUGAUGUAUCCAGAUGUUUUUGAGAGAUACGACGUUACUCCACCAAAGGGUGUUUUAUUCCAUGGUCCGCCAGGGACUGGCAAGACGCUAAUAGCGAGAGCCUUAGCAAACGAGUGUAGCCAAGGCAACAAGAAAAUGUCCUUUUUCAUGAGGAAAGGAGCCGACUGUUUGUCGAAAUGGGUCGGAGAGUCUGAACGACAACUGAGAUUACUGUUUGAACAAGCUCAACAGAUGAAACCGUCCAUAAUAUUUUUUGAUGAAAUAGACGGUUUGGCUCCUGUCCGAAGUACCAAACAAGAUCAGAUACAUGCUAGUAUCGUAUCUACACUCUUGGCACUUAUGGAUGGUCUCAGUGACAGAGGACAAGUUAUAGUUAUUGGCGCGACAAACAGAAUUGAUGCAAUCGAUCCUGCUCUACGAAGACCCGGUCGUUUCGACCGCGAACUUUUUUUCCCCUUACCGGCCAUGAAGGAGAGAUUAGAAAUUCUGAAGAUUCACGUUAACAAGUGGAAAAAUCCGCCAUCCGAUCAAUUACUGGAGAUACUAGCGGAGAAGGCGACUGGUUAUUGCGGCUCGGACUUGAGAGCCUUAUGUACCGAAGCAGUACUGCAAGGGUUAAGGAGAACUUAUCCGCAAAUUUAUAUGACGAACGACAGAUUAUUGCUAGACCCGGAGAGAGUCGAAGUAAAGAAACGUGACUUUAUACAAGCAAGUUCUAUGCUUGUUCCGUCGUCGCAUAGAGUAGCUCCAUGCGCGGGUAGAAAAUUGCAACCUUUUAUGGAACCACUAUUAGCGCCUCCAUUAGAAGAAUUACUUAAUUUGGUAAAAGGAAUAUUUCCUCAAGCUGUAAAUCCCACAAUGGCAAAAAUGAAAAGUGCGAAAGGUAUCCAUCGCCCAAGAUUAUUGAUUUCGGGCGGUAGUCUGUCCGAGGGUCAGGGACCUCAUUUAGCUCAAGCGUUACUAUAUUGUAUGGAACAUUUACCAGUUCAGAUUUUAGAUGUAAGCACGUUGUUUGCGGAAAGUGCUCGAUCACCGGAAGAAACUUGUGUUCAGGUGUUUAAUGAAGCUACUAGGAACGUACCGUCCGUAAUAUAUAUUCGAUCGAUCAAUCAAUGGUGGCCUCUCGUGCCAGAAACGGUAAAAGCUGUUUUUUUGUGUCGCAUCGCAGCACUUGAUCCUUCAUUGCCAAUUUUAAUUCUUGCAACGAGCGACGCGACAUACCAAGAUCUCCCCGAUCAAUUGAAAAGUUUGUUUAGUGAAUUGCGCGGGGAAGCAUAUUCCAUGAAGACUCCUACCACCGAACAAAGAAGAAAAUUUUUCCGACCCAUUUUUAUGGUCCAGAGUCUAAGACAACCACCGGUCAAAAGCAACAAAGUAGAAGUUUUAGAAACACUGCCAUUAGCACCGAAUCCAUUGCCAAAAAAAUUAACGGAAGAGGAAAAACAGAUCAUGUAUGAGAAGGACGAAGUGUCUCUAAGAGAACUACGAAUUUUCUUAAGAGAAAUAUGCGCUAAAUUAGCGAGAAAUCGACAAUUCUUUAUGUUUACAAAGCCGGUGGACACGGAGGAAGUACCGGAUUACAAUCUGAUAAUAAAGCAACCUAUGGAUCUGGAGACGAUGAUGACCAAAAUCGACAUGAAUUGCUACCUAUGUGCUCGCGAAUUUCUUGACGACAUCGAUCUCAUAUGCAGAAAUGCCCUAGAAUAUAAUCCAGACAGCUUACGUGAUAGGCCCUCCCUCGGAAUAUUAAAGAGGGAUCCCGCGGACAAAUUGAUAAGACAUCGAGCGUGUUCUUUGCGCGAUAAUGCUUACGCUUUAAUAAAAGCCGAACUGGACUCCGAUUUCGAGGACAAGUGUCGCGAAAUUUCGAAGACUCGUCGAAUUUUAGAAAAUAAUUGUGAUAAUGAGGAGAACAAAAAUUCCAAAUCGGAAACUACUACGACGACGAACGAGCGAGCGGAAAAGAAGGAGUCUGUAAAUUCUAGUCAUUCUCUCGUCGUGAACGGAAAGAAAUUCGGUAGUUCGAGGAAGCGUAAAAUACCUGCCUGGGCGCGCGGUUACGUAAAGAAAGUACAUAAGAAGAGGAAGAUCGCUUUCGAUGAGAACGUUACCGAAGCGGUCGCAAACAAAUCAUUAAGCAAUGAGACUACUACUAGUAUUGAUUUAGAAAAAUUCCAAGAAUUCGAAACUGAGGCGAACAGCGUUUUGAAUGGACAUAUGGGAUUGUUUGACAAUACCGAUUCGGAGAAUGAUUCGCAGAACGAAAAUUCAAAGGGGAGUCAAAACUGCACUAUUACGGAUCAACGAAUAGAUAACCUUGAUCAAAUGGAGAUAUGUUUCGUGGAGGAAGAUAAACCAUCGGGAAAUGCCGACUCGAGUUCAUCAUCCCGACGCGAAAGUAUAGACGAAUUGUCAUUUGCUAUCGAGAGCGAUACUAGUCGAGAUAAGAUCGAAGAAAAUGAGAAAGUAACAAUUGAUAAACUCGAACUCGAAAAUGCGUGGCAUUUUACCGUUGAUGUAACGAAGGAGUUUCCUGUCGAGGUAUUGUGCGACAUCUAUGUGCAGUUAAGCAGAUGCGUUGGGAAAUAUGCUCAGAAAUACGAUAGAAAAUCACUGCCAAAGGACUUGCUCAAGGAAGUGGAAAAGUUUACAGAGUACAAGUCACAGCGUCAGUAAAGUACAACACACAGGUAAUGAGAUUAUAUGGAAGAAAAUGCAUAUUGCUGACAAGAUGAAUAUACGUUUAUUAUGACACCUCAGCCACACAUCAGGAGGCUUUUUUUGUAUAUUUAUACUGAACCGAGUGUUAUCAUUGUUAUAUCGAAACUUUGGAAUGCUAUAUUUCUUAGUUGUUAUACUGCCAGAGUCUUUAGAUAAAUAACAACGUAUAUCUGCAAAGCAAUCGCAUUUGUUGUGUAAGAUAACAGGCAAUUAGUUUUAAAUUAAAUAUUGAGUUCCAGGUAUAUAAUUCGAUUGGAUUUUGUACAUAUUCUAAAAAUGCUGUAAAUGUCCAAUCAUGUGAUUAUUGAUAUUUCAUAUGAAAAAUAAGAUAAGAUGAUGUCAGGAUUCUCAAUCAUAUAGCUGGAGUAAUAACAAAAA